CUCUCUCUCUCUCUCUCUCUCUCUCCUCAGAUCAUCAAAAGUUCGAACACAAACCAAAACCGAGGUUUGAGUUCGUAACUUCCUUUUAAUCACUCCAAUUGAAAAAGUUACAGAAUCUGCAGUUCGAUUCAAUUUAUGGCUCCAGUUUCUGCACUCGCCAAGUACAAACUCGUGUUCUUGGGGGAUCAAUCGGUUGGCAAAACAAGCAUCAUCACUCGGUUCAUGUACGAUAAAUUCGAUAAUACAUAUCAGGCGACAAUUGGUAUUGAUUUUCUGUCAAAGACUAUGUAUCUUGAAGAUCGAACAGUUCGUUUGCAGUUGUGGGAUACGGCUGGACAGGAAAGAUUUAGGAGUCUCAUUCCAAGCUAUAUUAGGGAUUCCUCUGUUGCAGUUAUUGUGUAUGAUGUUGCAAGUCGGCAGUCUUUCCUGAACACUUCAAAAUGGAUCGAGGAGGUUCGCGCUGAGAGGGGUAGUGAUGUUAUUAUUGUUCUUGUCGGAAACAAAACCGAUCUCGUGGAAAAAAGGCAAGUCUCGAUAGAAGAAGCAGAAGCCAAAUCUCGUGAUUUAAAUGUAAUGUUUAUUGAAACCAGUGCAAAAGCUGGAUUCAACAUCAAGGCACUGUUUAGGAAAAUUGCUGCUGCAUUACCAGGAAUGGAAACACUUUCUUCAACGAAGCAAGAAGACAUGGUUGAUGUGAAUCUGAAGUCUACCAGCGCGAGUGCAUCACAGUCCCAAUCUCAGUCAGGUGGAUGUGCUUGCUGAUAAAAGUAAAUGACUUGAGCCUUGCAUAUCUCUCUUCCAUUGCCUGCUGCCUACAUUUUCCCGGGAUAUAUAAACAUUUCAUUUUACUUUUUCCUUAUUUAAGUAUCUGAAAGGGGUAUGACCUGUUCUUACUCUUCGUGAGAAUCCUCCAAAUCAAACACAAGAGACGGAAGAAGUUAGCAGUAGAAAGAACCCCAGUACGAUUAAUUGUCGUGUUCGUUAGACUUGUCAUAGUUUGAUUGAUGUGUAUUAAGAUUAUUAGCUUGAAAAGAUUUUGACUCCUUUGCAUUUCAUGUUGAGCAAUGUUCUUCAAAAUUUAUAUCUAAGUAUUUGGUGCGGAUAUCUUCCUGGUUUGAGAAACUGAGCUCCACGCUGCAGCGCAGAGUUAAUAGUAAUGCCAUUAUGUGUUUGUAAAA